AGCCACCUUGAGAGGAAAAAGCUGAAGGAGCUAGGUACUUCGCAAUUUGUAGGAUUUUACUGACACAGUUAUUUCCUGCUGAACUGAUGGAUGAACUGUAUUGUUUACCCAUGCUUGAUGCGCGGUGGAGAAUGAGAACAACCCGCCCAGCCAGCUGGUAGAAAAGAUUUCCUCCAGUCUGGUGGAUUGAUCCAAUGUGGAAGUUACUGUUACUGUAUACAGACAUCAUGGUGUACAGUUAAAGACUUCUGAGCAUAUUGACAGUAGCAAGCCAAGAUAAUAUGCAAUCAAUCAAGCAAGAGAUGGACUCCAGUGAGUCCUACAGUGGAGACGAUGCCUUGGUCCUGGCUGUGGCCUUACAAGGGGCUAACAGAGACCUAAUGGGCCAUAAAAUCUCUGCUAUGCCAUUCAAGGCUAAAACUAGCUGUCGCAGAAAAAGGGAGUUUAUCCCAGAUGAGAAGAAAGACAUUGUUUACUGGGAGAGGCGGCGCAAAAACAAUGAAGCAGCCAAGCGCUCAAGGGAGAAGAGGCGCAUCAACGACAUGGUGCUGGAGAACAAGCUGAUGGCCCUGGGAGAGGAGAACGCCUCCCUCAAAGCUGAGCUGCUGUCGCUGAAGCUGAAGUUUGGUCUGGUGAGCUCGGCAGCAUACGCCCAGGAAGUCCAGAAGUUAUCCACCACCGCCAACCUCUUUCAGGAGUUUGUCACACCUAAUGCUGGCCAUUCUUCUAGCAGGGAUUUGGAACCUCUUCACCUGCGCAGCAGCUGCAUAUCAGUCAUCAAGCAUUCACCUCACAUGCCGGAGACGUGUACGGCAACUCAGGGUAGCUUAACUAUCUGCAGGAACACAGAGGUCAAGCCAGAACCAGCAGAGAAUGGCAAUUAUGCACAGGAGAGGAGCAGUCCCUAUGAACUCUAUAGGAACUACAUGGCCAGCCCUUUGUCCAGAGUCUACUCCCAACCUGCUUCACUCCUGCAGAUCACCAGGUCAUCCAGUAACUCCCCCAGGAGCUCUGACGAUGGUGCUGUAAGCAAAUCAUCAGAUGGUGAGGAUGAGCAGCAGGUCCCCAAAGGCUUGAUUCCAUCUGUAGCUGACCCAAGGAGUGUCAUUGUCUCCACACACAAAGUGCCAGAUGCCAGUUGUUCAGCUUUGCCCCAUAAACUGCGGAUCAAAGCCAAAAGCAUCCAAAGCAUCCAAAUCAAAGUGGAGGCCAUCGACCCUGAAUACGAGUCGUCCGGAAAGUCGUCCUCUCCCGCUAACAUUUUAGAGGGACGAUGCUAUCAGACCAGUAAGGACUCUUCAGAGUACACUCAGUCUCCUCUGUGCCCUUUGUCAGUACAGGUCACCAACAUGCAAGACUGGACCCAGCGGUCUGAGCAGUGGCACAAAAGCAGCACAGAAACACUGCAGGAUGGCUGCAAGAGUAGCAGGGUAAACCUGAGCCCUGUCUCUAGCAAAACCAUUGUGGAUGUAAAAGAACCUUCCUAUGCACACUCAGACACUGAGAACUUGUAUCUAAAGCAGGGCCUUGCCAACCUGUCUGCUAAAGUGGCCUCUGAAAAGACUCAUCACAACACAGCAAGGGACUGUGAUCGAGUCAACCAAAAGCACCACUGAUCAUCACGAGUCAUUAUCAAAAGGUUGUUUCCCUAAAUGACCUUUUGUAUGUUCUGCAUUUCCACUGUAUUCACUGUUGCACUGUGUGGUUGAUAUUAGAGUUAAGCAAUGUUUCCAUUACUGUAUAUUUUCAAAUAUAAGGUGUUGAAAUGAGUGCAGCGUCAGACAUGAACAGCUGAUCACUAAUAAAAGCUAAUUAAAAAACACUGAUUAGGAGACUUAGCUGUAUUGUAUGAUGACAGUCAUACAGUAUAUACUCGCCACUCUACUGCUCACAGUGUAUUUUAUUUAACAGGAUUAUGUCCUUAGGGGAUGCUAGAAGGAUUUUAAUAUGAAACAUCUGCACAGGUGUGUUGACUUUCAUUAACAGCAGCUUCAUCAAAUAAUGGUGAAAAGUGGAAUUAACUGGUGAAGAUUUUCUGUUUUUAGGAUAAACUUAGUGAGAGCAGCAGAGUGGUUCAUAUGAUCAGGUUAAUGCUGGGAUAAUGUACAUUAUACUGAAUUUAUCAAAACUACAGGUAACCAUGGCAAUCAAACAUAUUUACUAAAAUGUGAUCAAAGACAAAAUGGGGAAUUUGAUAUAAAGACCAGUAACAUACACAGGUUUGAUGUAAACACCUGGCUCUCUCUGCAGGGGAGGUGUAGCAUACAUAAACAAUGUCUGCCCACUAUUUGAGAAUGCACAGUAAAUGAUGUGUGACAGACAUGAUUCAUGUGUAGAGCAUUGUUAUGUGUGAAGCUUUUUCUUUUUCUUUUACCAAAUGAUUUCUGACUGCUGUCACUGUGCUCUGCCCGUCAGCAAACACCUACUGUCACUGAACACUGUUCUGCUUAGAUUCUGUGGAGCUGGAUGAAGCACCAGUUAUUAGUACAGCUGGCUCCAACAUGCUCUGCUGCCCUUUACAUUACAAACUGGGGUGGGUUGGUAUUCUGGGAUUCUAAUCUGGUCAUUCUUUGCCUUAAAACUGAGAUCAGUAGUGUUUUUCAUUCACGUAGUAUGGCUUUCGUAUCCACCUGUCAGAUCUACAGCAGACACUGGAGCUGGACACUCUUACUUUUACUUUAGAGCAGUGUUGAUGAGGAUUGUCAGAUUGUUACAUGUCAGGACUUUAUUUUAUGGGUUUGUCAUUUAUAGAAGACACAUCCUAAAAAGUACUAUGCAGCUUGGUACUUACAUCGGAACACUUCAGAUUGAAAUGAAUUGCUAAUGUGACCUCAGUCAGUGCACAGCAGGUCAGCUGAAUAUGCAAAAAUGUGACCUUAAACAAACAUUUAAUGUACUAUAUAUGGACAAUAACGUUUCCAAGAAUAAAUUCAUUUAUAUUUACUUGAGUGAAAAUGGAGCUUUUCUGUCAAGGACAUUCAUAUUUUCAUCCACAUCACUUUCUUUCCAGUAAAUGAUCAGAAAAUCUCUGAAAGCUAAAAUACAACAUUUCCAUUCUCUUGUCCUGGUUGCUUCCCUUCAACAUGCCAGUGAACAAAACUGUAUCCUUGUUCAUGUUGCAGUCAAUGAUAUCGUCACUGUAUUCCAACAAUUCACAGACUUCACAUUACACACUCCAUCAUCUCUGCUAUACAGUAGCUACACAAAAAUACAACUUUUGGCUUAAAGCCCUUAAGUGUGACUUAAACAGGCUCUUCUACAUUCACUGUUCUCUGGUUUCUCUUGAAAGGAACUCUAAAUAUUCACUGGUUAAAUUGAGUGUGUGACACUGACACUGGCUGAGGGGAACGCAACUGGAUUUGAUCAAUGUCCAUGCCAAAGAAAGCUCUGAAGUACAAUACAUUUUUUUGAUCAAAAAGUCAGCGUUCUAUCUUUACAGUUAUUGUAGCUCGCAAAGUUUCAUCAAACUGUUUAUUUAUGAGUUUUGUAGUCAUCUGGGGAUGAUUGCAUCAUACCUUGUCAUGACAUGCUCAAUGAUAAGUGUUGACUUCAGUCAGCCCGAGAUGAUAUGAUGUCAGAUUAUGCAGUUCAUUUCAAAAGAAUGGUGUGUUUGCUUUUGUUGUCAUAGUCUGGAAUAUAAUGAUGGUGGUAACUCCAUUUUCUCAGCAGCUUGAAGUCCAGCUACCUGUAUCUGAAACACUUUUCUCAAGAUUUAUUGUAAUGGUGAGGUUUUGUUUACAAUAAAUGUCCUGUCACU